UUUAAUACAAACUAACCCCAUUAUGUUCCCUUUUAAAUAACCCUCACAGGUUUAGAAGUAAAUCAUAUAUGGCAUGCAGAGAGUCUUAUGACAUUUCAUCGAGACUGAGGUCAGUGUAAUUAAGUCUUGACAAAGACUAUUCAUAGUAGUUUUAUAGCACAAAAUAGACAAAAUGGACUCAGGAAAUACAGAGUAUCAUGUACAGAGAGAGAUUAUAGAUGAACAGAGGCUGAAAGAGCGAUCUCAGAGAAUGGACCCUUCCCAGAUCAACCUUCCCAUCUCUCAUCGGCUGAAGAAAUCACUCAGCUGUUCUACACCCAGACUGAAACGUAGCAUAGUUGGUUUCUUGCCUGUUCUGUCCUGGUUGCCCCGUUACUCCAUCUGGGAUUAUGGCAUGCCAGACCUUAUCUCUGGCAUCAGCGUGGGCAUCAUGCACCUUCCACAAGGAAUGGCCUAUGCUUUGCUAGCCUCGUUGCCUCCAGUAUUUGGACUCUACACAUCCCUCUAUCCUCCGUUAAUUUAUUUUAUUUUUGGGACCUCCAGACACAUAUCUAUAGGCACAUUUACCAUCCUCAGUAUUAUGAUUGGAAGUGUGACAGAGAGACUGGCCCCAGAUUCAGAUUUCCUUAUUUACAACAGCACUAAUGUGACCGAGGAGGUGGAUAUUAUAUCUAGAGACUUCUACAGAGUGCAGGUUGCUGCUGCUGCCACUGUACUGGGAGGACUUAUUCAGGUUGUAUUAGGCUUGGUGCAGUUUGGGUUUGUUGGUACGUAUCUCUCAGAGCCCUUGGUCAGAGGUUAUACUACAGCUGCCUCAGCUCAUGCUGUAGUAGCCCAGUUAAAGUACGUCUUUGGAGUCUCACCUAAGCGUUUCAGUGGACCUCUGUCUAUCGUCUAUACUUUAGCUGACUUGUGUAUGCUGUUGCCAGAAACUCAUCUCCCAACUCUACUGGCCAGUGUUGUGUCCAUUGUGGGUCUCAUCACUGCCAAAGAGCUUAACACUGCGCUCAGGAAAAAACUACUGGUGCCUAUUCCAGUAGAGCUGUGCACUAUUGUAGUGGCAACAGUAAUAUCAUUCUACACUCGGCUGAAUGAAACCUAUAAGAUAUCAGUCGUUGGUGAUAUUCCAAGUGGACUUCAGCUUCCCAGCAUUCCAAUUGCCAAUGUCUUUUCUGAGGUGGUGUUGGACGCUUUUGCCAUGGCCAUUGUUGGUUAUGCAAUUUCUAUUUCGUUGGGCAAAACCUUCGCUCUCAAACAUGGUUACAAAGUAGACAGCAACCAGGAGCUGGUGGCUUUGGGUCUCAGUAAUACAGUUGGAGGAUUUUUCCAGUGUUUUUCAGUUUGUUCUUCAAUGUCUCGGAGUCUCAUUCAAGAAAGCACAGGAGGCAAGACACAGAUCGCUGGAGUAGUGUCUGGUGUAAUAGUACUGGUGACAAUACUAAAGUUAGGCUCACUUUUCCAAGAGCUGCCCAAGGCAGUUCUUGCUGCCAUUGUACUUGUGAAUCUGAAGGGAAUGUUCAAGCAGUACUAUGACAUUGUCACACUAUGGCGUAGUAGCAAGAUUGAUAUGUUGAUAUGGUUGGUGACAUAUGUAUCCACUGUGCUCUUUAAUUUGGAUAUGGGUCUGGGUGCCUCGAUGGGUUUUGCUCUGCUCACUGUUAUCUUCAGAACUCAACGGCCCAGUUACUCACUGCUGGGACACCUCCCUGGCACUGAGCUGUAUCUAGAUAUGGAGACACACGAGGAGGUGAGGGAGGUACCAGGUAUCACUAUAUUCCGCUCUUCUGCCACCAUGUAUUUCGCUAAUGCUGAACUUUAUCUUGAAGCCCUUAAAAAAAAGAGUGGCCUGGACAUCGGGAAAAUGCUCAUCUAUAAGCGCAGGCAGGAGGCCAAGCAGAGACGGAGAGAGAGGCGAGCAGAGCGAAGAGCCCGAAGAGAGGCUAAAAGACAGAAAAGAGCUUUCAGGGAAGCCUCUCAGCGAUCCAGAAAAGCUGUAUUUUCAUUGGAAGAGGAAGUAGGGCAGAUGAAGGAAACAAAUGGAGACAUACACAGAGAGGUAGAGCUUGGCUGGAGAGAACGGGAAAAUAGUACUGUGUUUGUAAUACCCGAAGCAGCGAGGACAUCUGAUGGCCAUCAUACCUGGAUGUAUCUUAAGGGCACUGACCCUGACACCGCCACCCUGGGGUCAGUGUCAGAUCUACAUGAUGGGGACACCACCACUCUGGACUCCAGCAGCGAAGACACUUUAAGCCGGGACCUGGAGAGGGUUUCUCUGGGAUCCCUGGGGAAGUGGACCUGGGACAUCCAUUCUAUCAUCUUGGAUUUCUCUACUGCUAACUUUAUUGAUACAGUUGCCAUUAAGAUAUUAAUGAAUAUAUUCCAUGAUUUUAGCGAGAUUGGCGUGGAUAUCUACUUGGCAGGCUGUCAGGGUAAGAGUGUCACAGUCAACUCUUUCAGAAUGUCUCAUUUAGUGAGUGAUUGGAAAAUAUCUGGGCUAUGCUUUGUUUUCACCCAAGCACUGGUGGUGGAACAGCUUGAACGUGGUGGCUUCUUCUCCGAUGUCAUCACUGAAGGACGUGUCUUUGCUACUGUGCAUGAUGCAGUUCUGUACUGUCUCAAACAUCGGGGAACUGAGAUCCUCCACAGCUAUGAGAAUGCUCUGGAUACGAGUGGGACCCGACUAUGAUAAAAGUCAUCUGAUUUCUUCUUCUACAAGCCAUUUUGAUUUUAUUAAAGCUAUAUAUAAAAAAC